AUGGAUAUUUCGCAUACUCAUGACGAUAUUGAGCUUGAAUGUGCAUGUGAAGGAUCACUGGCUUGUUCUACGUGUCAUGUGAUCGUAGCUCCAGAAUAUUAUAAAAAACUAGAAGAACCAACAGACGAAGAGAAUGAUAUGUUGGAUUUAGCAUUUGGAUUAACCGAAACAUCCCGCCUUGGAUGUCAAAUUGUUAUGAGAAAAGAUCUGAAUGGCAUAACAGUUACCAUACCUUCAGCUACUAGGAAUGUACAGCUGAAAGGUGAUGAUUUGAAUAAUUCUAUAAUAAAGUUCGUAAAGCGUAAAUUUAUAAGACUAACGACUGUUUUAUAUAAUAUAGGGUCAAAACUAUCAUAA